UCCAAUUCACAAGGCCACGUACAACAUUUGAAAUAUAAACAGCCCAUCCAAAACUCAGAUCGAAAUCACCAACACUACUCAUGACUACCGCAUGGUCCACUGGCCUUUGUGACUGCUUCGAAGAUUCCUCUAAUUGUUGUUUGACGUGUUGCUGCCCGUGUAUCACAUUUGGACGAAUUGCUGAGGUUGUCGACGAGGGAACUACUUCAUGCGGAACAAGCGGGACAAUCUAUUCAAUACUUUGUGUAUUCACCGGAUGCCAAUGGAUAUUGGGAUGUAUGUAUCGUUCUAAACUAAGGCAAAAACACACGUUGCGUGAUGAACCGUGCAACGAUUGCCUUCUACAUUGCUGUUGCCAUUAUUGCGCUCUUUGUCAAGAGUAUCGCGAGCUGAAACACCGUGGAUACGACCCUGCUAAUGGAUAUCCACGAAAUCUAUCCAGCCAUGGUGGAGGAGUAGUCGGGAUGGCACCAACUGGUCCAGGAGAAAUGAAGCGUUAAUCUUGAAUAAUUAAUUAAGUACGUAAUUAAUCUGCAAGGGUGAAGAUUUAAAAUCGAUCUUGUGUUUAUAAUAAUUAUAUAAUAGUUCCAUAUUGCAUUUGGAUACCAUGGCUAUAAUAUGCAUGUUAAUAUAUAUUGAAACUUAUGAUGUAAUUUUAAUUUACUUUUUGCUAAGAUUUAAUUAAUGUCGGAUUCUGGGUCGUUUAAAAAUAAUUAAAAUUAAAGAAGUUUGUAUUAUAAUAAGUACGUGUACGUAGUUUUGUAGAUCGAUGUGAAUAAUUGUAUUAUCGUUUUUUUAUCUAAAAGGAAUCAAUUAAGUAGUUAAGAUUA